AUGGCGGAUUACCAUUUCGUGUACAAGGAUUUGGAAGGAGCUUCGACGCAGUGGGAUGAUAUUCAGAGGAAACUCGGAAAUCUGCCUCCGAAGCCGGCGCCGUUCAAGCCGGCCCCUUUCGCGCCCGCUGAAGAUGAAGAUUCGAAACCGAAAGGCAAGGAUUGGCUCGACGAGAAGACCGAGGAAGAGCUGCAAGAUCUCGAAGAUGAUCUCGACGACGAUCGAUUCCUUGAAGAAUACAGGAAGAAGAGGCUGGCUGAAAUUAGAGAAUCAGCCAAGAUCGCAAGGUUCGGUUCAGUGAUUCCUUAUAUUCACAGUUACCCAGAGUGUAGGCUGCUAUUGCAAUGUUUAGAAGAUUUGUCUAAAAGAUACCACGCGACAAAGUUUGUCAAAAUAAUAUCUACAGAAUGUAUUCCAAACUAUCCCGAUCGUAAUCUUCCUACUAUAUUGGUGUAUUACAAUGGUGCUGUGAAGGCAACUCAUGUGGGGAUACAGAGUUUUGGUCGUAGGUGCACCCCCGAGAGUAUGUCGUUUUUGUCUCUUCCUCUAUUUGAUAAACCAGUCAGGGCAAAAAUGGGGGAGGACAGGGCGGAAUUAGACCCUGUCCUAAAUGAUGGGCAAGGGGGAGAGCAAUCCAGAGAUGCCGUACUUGCUGGAGUCAGGAAGAAGUUUGUGGAGAGGGCUGUGAAGGACCAUGAAGAUGGUGAUGAUGAUGGAUCUUCGAGUGACUGA